AUGCGCCAAUCUCUCCGCCGGUCCUGUGCUGCAUGUGCCAAAUCAAAGACUAGCUGUGAUCUCCGCACACCGCGCUGUUCCCGCUGCAUCAAGCGGAAAGUUGAGUGCGCUUACGCGAACGAACCCUCGGCUGGGCCGGCAACUCCCGGAUGGCAGAAUGGAGCAUCAACAAACCCGCUAGAUGGACCCGGCACUUUAACUAACUACAGAUUUGGGUCACUCGAUCCUUUUGAUUCGUAUCCACAGACUAGACUUCCUCGGGAACACGUUCAACGUCUGAUCUACAGCUUCCUCCACAAGAUCGCCUUCCAAUACUACCCUCUUGACCUUAAUGCGACUUCAAAUCCUUUUUUGAUCUCUUGGUGGCCACUGGCCCUGGGGGAUCCUGUACUAUUCCAUGUCUCUCUACAGACGGCAUGUCUUGACGAAGAAUUGUUGGCUCAGAAAGGCUUUCAGACGUCCGAACUUCUCAUGGCAGACUCUGUGGCUUUACUACGACGCAAAGUUGAAUCCAUGUCACUAGCUGUUCAAGAUGGGACUAUGAACUCAGUCAUCACAUUGGCAACUAUCGAGUUCGGCAAAGGCAAUACAAAGGUUGGCGAAAUGCACGUUAACGGAUUGAAAAGGCUGGUCGAUAUGAGAGGUGGCAUCAACGCAGUGAGGCAGACAAGCCCACUUACCGCGAGGAUGGUCAGCUGGGUAUCGAUGCUCAUCAUGGGUCAUCCUCAAUUUGAGACCCAGGAUGACUUCGGCAUUGGAGAUGGCAUCCCUCCCACGUCGGAAUGGCAAUUUGACUCGACCGCGCUUGACGAUCAGCUAUUUGAUCUCAGCACCAUUGAAGUAGAAUAUGCCGUUAAGAAUGUCUUCAAUCGUCUGCGCAACAUUUUCCAGCGAGCGCGCAAUAUAACUUUCCCGGCCACACAACUUCACGACCUUACCUGUUUUGUCAUACACCGACUCCUACUCUCCGCUCCAGCUACGACAAUACCCCCGACCUCGCCAAUGACGGAAUCCAUUCGCUAUGGUAUCAUACUCUACAUGUUCAUCACCCAGGGACCGACAUAUUACUCGCAUGCAGUAAUACUAAAUAAGAUUAUGAUUCGAUUUAUGGAGAACCUCGAGCAUCUUGCGUCAACGUCUCGUGUCUAUGAUUCACUUGAUGUCUGGUUUGGGGCGGUCGGAAUGGUGGCUUCAGCUGGCACAGCUCAUCACCGGUGGUUUAUCAAUAGGGCACGGAAUAUAGCUGCUGCUCUACAACUGGAAAAUUUUAGUGACACCCUCGUCCAUAUCAAAACUGUGCUGUGGUUGGAGAAACCGCAGAGUGAAGAUCUCUUUCGGUCACAUUGGGAUACUGUCUUCAACCUUGCGGAUCAAUCGGCAGAACACGACUUGUGUCAAAAGGCCUCGAACACCGAAGAAGUUGGUCAUACGCGACACUAUCAUGAUGGGCACCACGACCCGAAAGACGAUGGCUACCUGUGA